CAAAAAUUGUAGCCAACCAAAGCCAAACCCUCCUACUACUUUGUUCCCUCUUUCGCGAGCGCUUGAACCCUGGCGUUUUCUUAACCUCUUCUUCCCAGUUGGCUCCAUCUCCUUCCACCUUUGACCUCCGUUCUUAGAUCGCCAGAUUAUGAUUAACCCCCGCAAUACUCCUCCCCACCCUUUGCUAAAUCCUUAGACGCCAAAACCCACUUCACAAAUCCACUCUCUGUGCCUACACAAUCACGGAGACUGAGGCCUCUCUUCCUGUCACUGGUGCUCAUCCAUCUUGCUUCUUCGUUUCCCACUUCCCCUCAAGAUUUCUUAUAUAAAAAAAAUUGGGUUACAGCAGGAACUGUAACUGGAAGGAACCGUCAUGGGGACAAGGAACCAGCAAUUGAGUCGAGAGGAGGAGGAGGAGGAGCCACCAGGCCGUGGUGCCGCCACGAUUUCGGGUCAGUCGGUGUCAACAAGCCGUAGCGUAGGGUCGCCGUCGAGCCGGAGCGAGCAGACGAUGGCUACACCCGCUAGUGAUAGCACUUUAUUUAGACUAAACCAUCUCGACAUACAUGGUGAUGAGGCCGGAUCGCAAGGAGCGGUUGGUAGCAAGAAGAAAAAGAGAGGGCAACGAGCUGUUGGAGGUGAUAAGAGUGGAAGAGGACUCCGCCAAUUUAGCAUGAAAGUGUGUGAGAAAGUCGAAAGCAAGGGUAGAACUACUUACAAUGAGGUAGCAGAUGAGCUUGUGGCGGAAUUUGCUGAUCCUAGUAAUGGCGUCACAUCCCCAGAUCAGCAACAAUAUGAUGAGAAAAACAUCCGGCGCAGGGUGUAUGAUGCCCUGAAUGUUCUCAUGGCGAUGGAUAUUAUAUCCAAAGAUAAAAAAGAGAUACAAUGGAAAGGUCUACCUCGUACUAGCCUGAAUGAUAUUGAAGAAUUAAAGACAGAGCGUCUUGGACUCAGAAAUAGAAUUGAAAAGAAAUCUGCAUAUUUGCAAGAACUGGAGGAACAAUUCAUAGGUCUUCAGAACCUGAUAGAACGAAAUGAGCAAUUGUACAGCUCUGGAGAUGCUCCCAGCGGGGGUGUGGCUUUACCUUUUAUUCUGGUUCAGACACGGCCUCAUGCAACUGUCGAAGUGGAAAUAUCAGAAGAUAUGCAGCUGGUACAUUUUGACUUCAACAGCACCCCAUUUGAGCUCCAUGAUGACAACUACGUUCUAAAGGCAAUGAAAUUUUGUGAAAGACCACAGGGUGAUGAUAUGGCACACAAUUUUACUUCAGAUGGAGGUGAAGGUUCUAGCAUGUCUGGCAUGUAUCAACCACAGCUCCCUCUUCCUCCGGUGUCAAACACGGCGGUUAGGCCUCCCACCUCACCGCCUAUUCCCGGAAUACUCAAAGCACGUGUCAAGCAUGAACAUUAAUCAGCAAGAUCAAACUUGAACAUCUCACCAUGAACAAUACUCCCAGCUUGUCUGUAUAUUUUUGUAUAAUUUGCCGGCACUGCAUAGGUUCCCGACGAUUCCCCGACGAUUCCCCUCACCUCAUUAGAUUGCCUCAUUCUGGAUAUAAUCUAAAGUACAAGCAGAUCAGUCCAUUUCUUUAGAAACUUUUUAGGGGUAUUGGUUCUGGCAAAUUCUUUGCUUUACAUGUCCAUCUCAGGCCAUUGUAAUUGUUUGCCAUAUUCUUAUUCCUGCUUUUUAGCCUCCAAUGUAGAAGAAAUGGGAGUGUGUUAGACUGUAGAGGAUUGUUCAGCUCCAUAGAAAUUUACAGAAUCACUUCAGAAAUUGGACUCCCCUGUUUCUUGUAU